UCAAAAUAAAGAAACAAAAUACGGAGUAUAAAGAAUCAUGAAGUGGAUCAACUGAAAAAGAAAUGAGUUUAACCUCUAUAUAUGCUUAGAAGUGGCGGAACAAUAAAUUAAAAUAGGGACAAAAUUGUCAGACAAUGGGCAAAAAUGGGUGCGCCAAGUAGUAAUGGGGUGCGCGCAGCACGACCGGGGAGAAAUUGAUAACCAUUUGGAGUUAACCAUUUAUUUUUAGCUUUAAAAACUAGUUUGGUGGAAUUAAGCGCAAGAGACUAAUGACGGACGGAACGCGGGCAUUGGGAGCCGCCAGAGUGUCGAGACCUGCUUCCUUGCUUAGAACUUGCGCCCAGCCUUGCCAGUUGCUGCGACGCCGUCUGGGUUCGCCAAUUGAUGGAGUUUCAACAGACCGGUUGAAGUGCAAAUACAGAGAUCAAUGGAGACGGUGAUUUCAAUUGAAGUUUCCUGCGACUAUAUCAAUGAAGGACUGAUACUUCGUUUAUUCUAGGAUAUACCGCAUCCCUCAUUGUAUGAUUUAUUCAUCAAAACCAAAACAUGCGGCCAUGUCUAGGGUUUUCUCCUAGUUUUUUUUUCUGGCGGUGGAUUGCUCUAUUUGGUCCGGCUUUUGAUCACAUGUUAUCUGCGUUUUUUCAAUGAGUGUGUUGAGUUGGAAUUGUAGGGGUUCUGGAAACCCGGCCACGUCCCAAGGACUGACAGAUAUUGUACAAGCACAUCGCCCCUCCAUCAUUUUUCUUAUGGAGACAAAAAUGUGAUGCCAGCGAGCAAAGAAGAUUUUCAGAUCUCUAGGGUAUCAGAAUAGUUGUGGCAUGGACAGUGAAGGGCAGAGCGGCGGCUUAGCAUUGGGCUGGAGGGACGAAGUGGAGGUGGAGGUGAAGAGUUCCCAAGCAAAUUACAUGGAUUGUAAGGUGCGGUUAAACGUAGACGAGCAUGUUUGGAGGUUGACUUGUUUCUAUGGUUUUCCAGAGACCAGCCGGCGACAUGAAUCUUGGUCAUUGCUGAACGAGCUUGCGGAGAGUAGUUCGUUACCAUGGAUGGUGAUUGGUGAUUUCAUUGACAUUUUGUACACUUCCAAGAAGAAGGGGGGAUUACUCAUUCUGCAUGGAGGUUGAGGGGUUUUCGGGAGGCAGUUGAAUCAAGCGCCCUUCAGGACUUUCCUUUUCCUAGUUAUCAGUUGACAUGGGAAAGAGGCAGAGAAACAAUACAUUUGGUUGAGGAGAAUCUAGAUAGAAGUCUGGUAAAUGAGAAUUGGUGGGAGAUGUUUAUGGCAACCCAACCGACAUCAGUAGAGGCUCCGGUUAGUAGUCAUAUGGCUUUAUUUAUAAAAGUUAGUCCCACUGACAAUUGGCGCAGACGUAAGCGUUUUAAAUUUGAGAACGCCCGGCUAGGAGAAGAUGAUGAGUGUCACGCCAUUGUAACGAACAGUUGGAGUGCAGGCUCCCAUCUUUAUGUUAGUGACAGAUUAUCUCUUUGUGGAAAAGAAUUACUUCGAAGGGCUAGUUGUAGACAACGGGGUUUUGGGGUGGAAAUUGAGGCAUGUAAGAGAAGACUGGCUUGGCUGGGGGACAAACAAGAUAGGAGGAGCAUAUCUAAGUUCUUGUGAGUUUGUACAGUGUUGACAUCGCUAAUGGAAAAAAAAGGAUAUAUACUGGAAGCAGAGAGCGAAAGUUUUUUGGCUACGAGAAGGUGAUAUUAAUUCUCGUUUUUUUUCAUAAUGUAGUUAAGCAGAGGAGGAGGAAAAAUCGUAUGAUGGGGUUGCGUAGGCCGGAUGGGACCUGGACUACUAACCAAGGAUUAAUGGGACCGAUGGUUGUGGAUUAUUUUACGACCUUGUUCAAGAAAGUGAGGAGGCUAUGCUACCUGAGAAAAUUGGGAGUUUUUUAAGGUGACUAACAAGAAAAAUAGUAUGCUGCUUCGACCGGUCACAACAAAGGAGGUAAAAGCCACAGUUUUUGAUAUGCAUCCGGAGAAGGAACCGGGGUCAAACAGAAUGAAUCUGACUUUUUUUCAAGACAUAUUGGGAUAUUGUAGGACCAGAAAUAUCCAGGUUAUGCUUUUCUAUUUUUGAAACCAGGAUUAUUUCUAAAGGAUUAAAUAUAACAAAUAUUGUUUUAAUUCCGAAAAAUGAUAGACAAGAGAACAUGGGGGAUUGGAGGCCUAUUGCUUUAUGCUAUGUAGCUUAUAAAAUUUUCUCAAAAGUCAUGGCUAAUCGUUUGAAGGGUAUCCUUGACUCUCUGGUGGGUGAAAACGAGAGUGCAUUCAUUCCUGGGCAGUCUAUUGUGGAUAAUAUUAUUAUAGCUUUUGAAACUCAGCAUUUCCUAAAGCGUAAAGGUCAUGGGAAAGAAGGUUACAUAGCUCUAAAAUUGGAUAUGAGUAAAGCCUAUGAUCGGGUUGACUAGGUGUUUCUCCGUAAUACUCUACUUCGAAUGAGUUUUUAGAAUCGGUGGGUCCAUAUGGUUAUGGCAUGCGUGACUACGACUGCUUACUAUGCUCAAUUUGAUAAUGAUUUUCUUGGUCCCAUCAUUCCUGUCAGGGGUCUAAGACAGUGAGACCCCAUUUCUCCUAAUUUAUUUAUUUUGGUGGCGGAGGUGUUGAGCGCUCUUUUAAGGAGAGCAUAGAUGCGUGGUGAUAUUCAUGGGCAGGCUAUCUGCAAAGGGGUGCCGAAGGCAUGCAUAUGAAAGUGCCUUGGGACAGGCGAUUAAUUAUGAAAAAUCAACUUUGGCAUUCAGCCCAAAUGAUGAGAUACUACGCUGGAGAAUUGCAGUACUGUUUUGAGCAUUCCAGGGGAUGGUGGUCAAAAUCGGUAUCUUGAUUUACCUUCUCUGUGGGCAAAGGUACGUAAACUAUCUUGGGCUACUUGCGUGAUAAAUUUUUUUGUUGAAUUAAGAGCUGGAAUAACAGAUUCCUCUCAAGAGCGGGUAGGGCGGUGUUGCUUCAUAAUGUUAUUCAAGCAAUGCCAACUUAUGCGAUGAAUGUUUUCCUGCUAACACGGGUUUUGUGUGAUGAGACAUGAUUGAAAAACUUAUGAAUAAGUUCUGGUGGAAGGGUUCAAAAUUUGAUCAAAAUAAAGGGUCUCAGAUGGCGGAGGUGGGAAUAAUGGAAUAUCUUUGUAAACCAAAGGGAGCCGGCGGGUUUUUGGAAGGACACUAUGUUAACUGUGCUUCUAGUAUGCUAAAUACUUGGCAAGAUGCGCAAUGUUUGACUGUAAAAAGGAAGACUUCUAGAGGUAAUGGAAUUGAGAGGAGGCAUCGACCAAAGGAGGGGUAUAUAUCAAGAUAAAUGUGGAUGCAGCUGUCAACAUGAGUGGUGGCAUUCGAUCUUGGGGUUUGGUUGCUCGGAAUGAUCAAGGAGAUUUUAUCAAAGCAGGUAGUGAGUCGAGCCAAGUAGACGGGUCCCCAGCUGAGACAAAGGCGUUUGGGAUACGCGCGGCCAUUCAAGUUGCUAUUCAAAAACUGACGACAAAAAGGUUGGCAGAACGUUGAGUUUGAAUUAAAUGCUUUCACCAUCGUUCAAAGGAUAAAUAACUGGGAGGUUUAUCUUAUAUUGACAUGAUUACUGACGACAUUAGACAUUUUCUUCAGACAAAGAAUAAUACUAGUAUCUCUUUUUAUAAACGAUCUGUGAAUCGUGUUGCCGAUACGAUAACUAAGAAGAACGUGUUCCUCUUGGAUCAUAGAGUUGUCUGACUUCAUUCCUGAUU